GAGUGAGUUUAGCAUAUUAAACACACCCUUUGGUUUUCGUUCAUCCUUUCAUAUACUUAUCUCUCUCCCCCUCUCUCUCCCCCCCCCUCUCUCUCUCUCCUAUCUUUUGUGUUUAUACAUAACAUACCUGUGCGCCCGCCACCACUACCACUUCCUCUUUUAUCGUUCCAUCUCUCUCUAGCCCCCUUCGUUCUAUGCUCUUCUUACGCCUUUUUUCACCGCUCUCACAGAUUAUCCAGCGUGCACAUGGAGCAAAGUAAUUUCUUGACCAAGAUCAACAGUGCAUCUUUAUUUACCUUUUCUACAGAGAUCUGCUUGUAAUUUGUACAAUAUUGUGGAAAUGGCUGCUGAUCAGUGGAGGAAACGUUUAAGCUCUGCCAGUGUUGUUGGUUACACUUCUCGGCAGCAACACAGUAUGAAAAGGAAGAAAUUAGCAUCACCACAAUGUGAUGCAAGCAUCGCGUCUACUAUAGUUCUCGAGUGGGAUGACACUAGGAAGAGUGUCGUGGCCAAGAAGGAGCAGGUUGGCAUUGCGCAGAGAGAUUUGUCACCUUUUAUUGAUGCAGUUCCCAGUUGCCGCAAUAUAUUAGCUGACAUAGUCAAUGUUCCUCAAGGAACUUUUGACUUGGAAAAUUUGAGUGACGUGCUUUCGUUUGAGGUCUGGCAAACUCAUCUAUCUGAGAAAGAGAGAAGCUUCCUCACUCAGUUUCUGCCAGAAGGGACCGAGGCUCAACAAGUUGUCCAAGACUUGCUUGCGGGAGAUAAUUUUCACUUCGGGAAUCCAUUUAUAAAAUGGAGUUCCUCACUUUGUUCCGGUGAUCUUCAUCCUGAUGCUGUUCUUAAAAAGGAACAUCUUGUAAAGGCUAACAAGAAGGUGUAUUAUUCGGAGCUACAGAAUUACCAUUAUGAUAUGAUCAAGGAUUUACAGAUUCUGAAAGCAAGAUGGUCACAAAUGGAUCCUGAAAAUGAUAUUGGGCAAAAUUUCUGGAGGUCCAGGAAGCAUGUUGAGAAAGCUUUGCCGACUAAUGCAAAUAAAUUUGCAGUUCAUGAAUCUGACGAGAACCUUACAUCUGAAUCUUGUUCUUCAGCUGCGGGUGACAAAGCAUGUAGUGGUGAUGAAUUGAACUUUAGGUCACUGCAGGAGUCCCAGAAGCGAAAAGGCUCUAUGGAGGAUUUUCAUGAUGAUGCAUCUGAUGGUCUCAAAGUGGUAGCAAGGAAAAGAAAGGGAGAAAAAAUACAGAUGCGUAAUGUCCAGUCUGGUGAUGGUGCCAAGUAUAUGUCAUACAUCAAGGUUAGCAAGGAGCAACACCAACGUGUUAAGAGUAGUAUGAAGCAUUCUAGCAAUAGCAUUCAGUCCAAGUCACUUAAUCAUGUUUUAGGUGACAUUGAUACAUAUUAUGUGCAACCAUACAAAGUGUUUGAGGAGGAAGAGCGCCAUAAGUUGCAUGUGCACUGGUCAAAGUUGGCGAAUGUAGACAUUGCAGCAGCUCUGACAAAUUGGAGAAGAAGGCAAAUAGAAAAGCGGCAAGUGAUGCAAUCUUUAAGCAAAGAACUGGCUGAAGAUAAAAAGAGCAAUAAAAGCAUGUCAGAUGAUCAGGUUGGUGAUGAAGAAUCAGAUUCAAGUUCAACAGAGGAUGAGGGAAGCGAGAUAUCUAAUAGAUUGCUUGAGGAUCAAAUGAAUAAUGCAACUACAAAGCGUGAACCAUCCAUUGCGUUUGAGGAUGGAGAAGAACAAAGUCCCAAUUGCUUAUUUCACCAGCAAACUGAUAAUACAGCAGCAAUUAAUGAACCGGUUAUGGUUGAUGGAAGUGAUUGUGUUACCAUUUUCCCACAGAAUCAUGUGCAACAUAAUACUGUAGUGGGUGGUAAUGAUGUGUUUAAUGCGAUGGAUAUGGGUUCUGAUGAAAACAUAUUGCCCGGAGCUGAUGAUUUACUUCCUGAUGUAUCAAAUUUUACAGAAAACAUGAGCCAGUUGGAAGUUCCUCUAAGCCAGGAAAACCCUCUAUCUGUUGCUUGUGAUGUUUGGCCAGCAGCUAGCAUGUCAAAUGCCUACUACAACCCUACUCAUGUAAGUCGUGAUUACUCAUCUGCGAAUGAUUUUUCACGUGGGUAUUCACAAGUUAUGGAAGAGCAUCCCACUCAGCUGAUAAAUCUAAAAACUGACAUGCGGAAAGUAGAUAAUGGGAAAGAUUUGAUGAGUAGACAAGCAGAUGAUAUUUUCUUAGGUUCUUACCCUAAUCAAGUGCAAAGUGAGCAAUUUCAAUCAUUCUUCAGGGGGCCAGGCAGUUCACAGUAUAACUAUGAGCAGAAACCUGCACUGUUAAGUUUUCAGCCACUAGCAAAUAUGAUGAUUGAAAAUAGUCAACCUGUGGGACAUUUCAAGGAGCAGCUGCAUCCCGUGGCACUUGAUCAGAGGUUGAAGGAUCCUUUCAUGCAUCAGAGCAUACAAGAGAAUAUGCGUUUAGAUGGCCUUAGGCAUGCACUUCCAAGGCAAGAUCACUUCUCGGCCCCUCUUGCCCCCUCGAAUCUUAACAUGCAGAAUUGGGGUGCGGUUGCGAAUACCAUACAACUUUCAGGAGUAUCCCAAUCUCAUCCGAUUGGUGAUGAAAUGUCAAGUCAUAAUUGGAUUUCUGGAGAGAGUCAAGGCCGUGGUGGUUGGUCUGGUCUAGAAAACACUAUUUGCCAAAACCAGAGCUCUGUAAAUGGAGGUAUUGGAGAUCAGAGCUUGUUUAGUGUUUUAUCUCAUUGCAAUAACUUGAAUCCUUCUCCUAGUCCUCGUACUUCAUUCAUCCCUGAACAACGAUUUAAUCAGCCUGUGAACUACAAUGUCGCGGUUCCUACAAGUAAUAUAUUACCACAGAUGGUUAAUCAACGUAGCUACUUGAAUGUGCAAGACACUUCAAGUGGCCUAAAGGGCAACAAUAUGGGAUGGACAAGCCUGCCACAUCAGAAUACUCCUGUACCUGAUUCUACGGGUAAGCCGUACUUGAGGUACUGGAAUCACUAAGGAUAUUUCUUUGUUACUUAAAGUUUUGAUGGUGAGAAAAGGCUUUAUGUGAAAGCUGUUAUACAAAGAAGUUGAGAUAGGAUUAUAUACAUAAAUACACAAGAGCCGAUCUGAUGCCAUGUACAUACAGGUUCUUUGUGGAUUUUGGUUCCAUAGUUAGACAGCUCUACCUUUCGUGGAUUUUAGUUUUGUGUUAGUUUUUAAUCACAUAGUUAAGACCGUUAACUUUUUUGGGGAUU